CUAGCUUAGUUGAAUAAAAUACCUUAUUAGACUUCGUACUGUCCAUUUUUCUGCUUCAGUAAUUCCGUUUGUGUCUCUUCUUUUCUGUAUGUGUCAUAAUAAGGGCUAUUUUAUAACCCUUAUUAUGACUAAAGGGUUAUUUUAUAAGAGAUUCCCAAAAUUGUCCUAAACUUAUGAUUUUGUUAUUGAUUACAUGUACAAGUCAGUAUUGUGCUAAGCAAGCUCUAACUACAUGUACCUUAAUGUCAAAGAUCAAUUACUUUUUAUUUUUUAUAUAUAGCAGGGUUUUAUACAGUAGAAAGGGGCCCCUGUACUUUAAGUUCCCCCAUUUAAUAAAAGGGUUUAUAUUUGUCUUAAUUCACUGUUGUUUACCAAUUGGAACUAGCAAAGCAAUUGUGUGCAUAACAGCCAGCUUAUGCCUGUACUAGUAAAAUAAGCUUUUGCCGCUAUCUCAAAAUAAAUUGCUUAACAACAUGCAAUGUUAUUGUUAAUUUUCAUCAUGUCCCCUAUAAAGAUAUCCGACAUAAAUCCCUGCAAAAUGGGACCAUUAUAAAAAUUGAAUAUGCAAACAUCUGUGGUAUUUAUGCACUGAGUCUGAAGUUAUAAAACCAUUUAAUAUUAUUGCAGUGAGAAGCGUUAUUUAAAUGAUAAAAUUAUAUUCAUCAUGGUUGAUACUAAGCUUUUGCAGGGAAUCCUUAUGGAUGUUGAGCCACUAAGAUUCAAGCCUAUGACUUUGGAAUCAAACUUACUUAAUCACAAGCAAUUUUCCAAGGCUCACUUAUUGUGGCUACUUUUGUAUCAUGUACAGGAUCCUAUGAAUUUUGGUGCUAUCAUACGUAGUGCAUAUUUUUUUGGGGUUGAUCGAAUUCUAGUUACUAACAAAAGUAGUUGCCCUUUGUCUCCAGUUGUGAGCAAAUCUAGUGCAGGAGCAAUGGAAAUGCUCUCCAUUCAUUCAAUUUCAGAUGUUAUUUCUUUACUGAAGGUUGCAGCUGAUAAAGGCUGGGAUAUUCUAGGUACAGUCAGUCCAAAUAAAUUUGAACAUUUCUCUGUAAUAUCAGCAUCAGAUCACAAAGUCAUUAGACCAACUAUGUUGAUAGUAGGAAAUGAAGGUCAUGGUUUAACUAAAGAAGUUUGCUCGUGUUGUACAAAACUACUAACCAUUAAUCCCAAAAGGUCAUUGUCUCCUGGUUUUGAUUCAUUAAAUGUUUCAGUGGCAACAGGAAUUUUACUUAACACUUUAUAUAACAAUAAAAUAUAAUUAUUAUACAUUCAUUCACUAAUAAUUGUAAUAACAGGUAUAAAAAGUAAUAACGAACAUGACAGUCUGUUAAAA